GUCCUCUUCAUUGUCAGAAAGAACAAAGCGGAGAGACAGAGAGAGUGAGAGAAACAGAAAGAAAGCUUGGAAAAAUGUCGGACGAGGAGCACCACUUCGAGUCCAAGGCCGACGCAGGAGCGUCAAAGACCUACCCUCAACAAGCUGGUGCCAUUCGCAAGAGUGGCUACAUCGUCAUCAAGAACAGGCCUUGCAAGGUUGUAGAAGUUUCCACUUCCAAAACUGGCAAGCAUGGACAUGCAAAGUGCCACUUCGUGGCAAUUGACAUAUUUAAUGGGAAGAAGCUCGAAGAUAUUGUUCCUUCAUCCCACAACUGUGAUGUUCCUCAUGUUAAUCGUACUGACUAUCAGCUCAUUGAUAUCUCCGAAGAUGGUUUUGUGAGUCUUCUAACUGAUAAUGGAAACACAAAGGAUGAUCUGAGGCUUCCCACCGAUGACAAUCUGCUCACUCAGAUUAAAGAUGGGUUUGGCGAAGGAAAGGACCUUGUGGUGACAGUCAUGUCUGCAAUGGGAGAGGAACAGAUCUGUGCCCUUAAGGACAUUGGCCCCAAAAACUAAAUAUGAUGCUGUAGCAGUAGCUAUAGCUGAUUGCAAAUGAAACUUUUUGUUUUUAGAUCUAACAACGAUCUUAUCUACUGUUUGUGAAAUAAGUUUUAAUAAGAUGAUAUUUAGCAUUUA